CUGGAGACAUAUCUGACUGGCAAAGAUGAAGCAGAUUAUCCUCCUGUGUGCGCUUUCCACUUGUUUCUCAGCUGUGCACGCUCAGAAAUUUUUGAUGAGCCCAAAAUGGGUUCCUGUUGGCUUUAAAGAUCGUGGUGGGCACAAUGAAGGAGCGGCGAUGGAUAAGAUCAUCCAUGCUAAUGAAGUUCAUGCUUCCCAAAUGAUAGAUGGCACUACCACUCUCAGAGAGGGGGACAUCGCCGUUUCAUCUGGGCAGCGCUCCAAAGUCUGCUUCGCUCGGAGCUGCCUCUGGUCUAAAUCAGUGGACGGACAUGUCUAUGUUGCAUACACUCUCUCAUCUGAAUACACUGCCAAAGACCAAAAGCUGAUUAGGAAAGCAAUGGAAGACAUACAGGAAGGUACCUGUGUGAAGUUUGUUCCUCGGACCCACCAGAGAGACUACAUGGAAAUCAAGCCAAAGUCUGGAUGCUGGUCCUACCUUGGUUCCCGUGGAGGGAGACAGUCCGUGUCUCUCCAGAACCCUGACUGCAUGGAGGUUGGAGUGAUUGCCCACCAAUUCAUGCAUUCCCUUGGCUUUGUGCACGAGCAGUCCCGCUUUGAUCGGGACAACUAUGUUACCAUCAUGUGGCCGAACAUUUGGAGGGAUCGCCUGAGGAACUUUGAGAAGUUCAAGACCGACAGUAUGGACCUGCCAUAUGACUAUUCCUCAAUCAUGCACUUUGGAAAGUAUUCCUACUCUCAAGAUGGAGAGCCAACCAUCAUUCCCAAGAGCAGCAGGAAUAUAAAGCUUGGCCAGGCAUCAAAGCUCAGUCACAUCGACAAGCUGAAAAUCAACAGACUUUAUCAGUGCGCUGUCAGGGAUGAUUAGUAACCAAACCGAGCUGAGGUGAAACAGGAGUCCUCUGGAAAUCAGCAUGAUAAACGGCCGUUGAAUCAUGCAAGCAAUUUCAAUAAACAUAAAUGCAAGCUUUCUAUCAGCACUUCCUCUGUGUGCAUGCGGUGUGUGUAUUUAAAAAGACGUGUCACUUUAUGCCGAACCAUUCAAGAGAGUGAACUGGUGUUAAAUGUUGCUGUUGUGGCAUAAAAAAUGAAUUAAAACCCCUCACUCACUACAAUAA